AAAAUAUUCUCUCCCUGCCUUUGACGAUCACCACCAACUAAAGAGUACCACCAAUUUAUACACAAUCGCCAACAGAACCUUCAGUUCCAGAUCUCUCAUAAAGGAUAUUUCAUAUAGCUUGUCAGAAAUGGCUUCAUUCAAGGCAUUUUUGAACAGCCCUGUUGGCCCUAAAACAACUCACUUUUGGGGUCCUGUAGCCAACUGGGGCUUUGUCAUUGCUGGACUGGUCGACACACAAAAACCACCGGAGAUGAUAUCAGGCAACAUGACCUCAGCAAUGUGUGUCUAUUCUGCAUUAUUCAUGAGAUUUGCAUGGAUGGUUCAGCCUCGGAAUUAUCUUCUUCUGGCAUGCCAUGCCUCGAAUGAGUCAGUGCAACUCUAUCAACUAUCACGUUGGGCAAAAGGUCAAGGAUAUUUGCAGCAGAAUGCAGCCAAAGCAGAGUGAUUUUGUGUUAUUUCUUGUUUAUUUUUGGACAAAUUUGCUUUUCAUUUAUAAGUGCUUUCAUCAAUAUUAUUGCAAAUGUUCAUAAAGAAGCAUUAAACUUUUGCUAUCUGAAUGGCUGUUGUUGGCUCUACACGGUAAUAAACCAAGAAGAAAAGCACUAAUGAUUUUCGGAGUCGGUUGAGAACUA